CUAUAAAGUUGUGAGUAGCAGAGUAUGCCCCUACUCGAUCGAGGAGUUCAAAGUCACGGUCAGCCUAUUGGAGGUCAGUCGGUGCAAGAACUUCUUCUUACUUGGUGAUCGUUUUGGAUAGGCAUCAAAAAUGUACAGGUUCAUACGUCAAGUUACCUUCCUGGUAGUGUUCCAGUUUUACUUUAGUGGCAUUGAAUCUGCUUAUUUCUUGAAGAGAUGUUCCAGGAGCGAUCCAAACUUCAACAUAUGCCUGCAGGAUUCUGCCAAUUACCUGAUAGCAAACAUGAGACGUGGAAUACCCGAAUUGGGACUUUAUGAACCAGAACCUAUUGUCAUUGACGAAAUCGGAAUAGCUUUGGGAGGUGGGCCUGAUGGGUAUCGGGCGACAUUCAAAAACAUCGAGGCUUACGGGGUCAGUAACACAACUGUUACGGCCGUAAGAUCUGACAUCGAUACAUACCAAUUUCAGUACACAAUGUACAUACCAAAGAUAUCUGCUAAGGCUCAAUAUCAAUCCAGUGGUAUUCUUAUUCUAGUCCAAGCCUCUGGUGGGGGAAAUUACUGGGGUGAAUAUGAGGGAAUCAAGGUCAAAGUGUAUAUUAAAGCUGCUCCUAGAUCAGUGAAUGGACGUUCUUACCUCAAAUUGCAACAGAUGAAGAUGGAUUUCAGCGUUAAAAAUAUUCAAAUGGGCGUCGAUAAUGUACAUAAUGGAAAUUCUGUUAUACAGGCUGCGUUGAACCUUUUCAUCAACUCCAACGCCCAGGAACUCCUCAAAGAGAUGAAACCCGAUCUGAAAAGGAAACUGUUGGAGUUAAUGUCGAGCUUCGUGGAAAAUUUGUUCAACAACAUACCAUUAGAUGCGUGGAUCUCGGAAUGAUCCAAGCUACCACUUAGUCACAGUGUUUCGAAUCGAAUACUGAAUUUGUUGAUAAUUAUUCUAGUUUUUAAGUAAUUUAUUGUUAUUUAGUAUUGUUGCAUGUUCUGUGUAUAUGUGAUUCAAGUGAAAAUUAAGGAGACAAACGAGAGGCUUAUUUAAAUGAAGGAAAGGAAGUUGAUAAUGAAAAAGAGAUGAUAUAUUAGUUUGGUAGUUGGAUUUAUAUAUUCAAUGUUUUAAUGUAUAUUGAAGUUAAUAUUUGUUGCCUUGAAAGUGAGAUGAGAUGAUUGUAGUUCAAUAUAAUUCAACCUCUUCUGAU